AUGGGACGACUAACUGGGUUUCUUGGUGGCCAGUGGUGGCACAUUCAGUCACUGUGUCUGCUGAUGCUUGCCGCCGCAUCAUCGCAUCCUCUACUUUCCAAUCUCGAAACAAUAAAUGCCGAGAUAGGGGCCGGUGGCAAGGCUCCAGGAGUCUUGGGCGAGAUAAACCGAGAAUGCUGGGACGCAUCGUCACUAGCGAUAAUACAAGCUCGUAAAUUACGCGUUGCUGAUACCGUCAGUGGUUUUUGGAACUUCAUGACAUAUUUGCAGGAGUCUCAUCAACCCAAGCAACAAGACAUGUUCAUGGAUCUGGCACAGGUCUUUUGGGAGCGGUAUGUGGACUGUACGCUCUCCCGUGCGCAUGGAUUGGGCAGAAGGGCCAUGGCAUUAAGGCAAAAGAUCACCAAAGUGUUAACUUAUCAGUCAGAAAUGGUGAGGAUCUAG